AGUGUCAGCUAGGGGUAAUAAUAAACUGCCCUCCCAGUAUCAGUGCACGAAGUGCGCAUUACCAGGAAGUGCUCACUUUGAUACAAAGUAUAUUUUUAUAUGAGACCCCCACCCACUGUCACCACCCCCUCACCAGGCUGACAGGUGUCACCAUGCAGCUCAGUGAUCUCAGCUCUCCCCCAGGGGAUUAAUAGUCAGGAUCCAUAUGGAUAUUACUGGGAAACCAGCUGAUACCUGCCCUCUGCCCACCUGUAACCCCCCUAAUUACCCUCACCCCCUAGGGGUGCUGCAGCAGGUGGGCUCAGGUGCCCCCAUGGUCCUAACAGCCUGCCCCUGUGUGGUGGAUCUCCUACUGAUGGAGAAAGAUCUCCAUUACUUACAGCAGUGGUUGGAAGCGUUUGUGACCAGCUUUGAGAAGAUUAUCACCGUUCACACAUUAGAACCGAGAAGGCCAGAGGAAUCUGAGAUCCCCGUGCUGCCGCGGGAUGUUCUCCGCGUACUAAGCCAGCAGCUGGGUCAUUGCACGGCGGAUAUUGCUGGUGGGAAUAGCGGAGACGGCAGCUUGCACCAGGCGCUCCUCCUGCUCAAAUUCUUCAUCAUCAUCAGCAGGAAUUUGGAGAACGUAGAGAAAGAAGGAACCCCUUUCUUUGUUAGUGAGGUUCUCCUUCUCCUAACUACGUCUGCUGUGAAGUUAAAACAUCCUGCUCCGGAGGAUUCUCGGGAUUUGCAGUCACUGAUCCAGAAAGUUGCAAUCUACGCCUUGAACCUGUGUGAAUGUCUCUUUGACCCGUAUCAGACAUGGAGGAGACAGCUAGGGGGUGAAAUUGUCAGCGCAAAAGAGAAAAGCAAAUAUAAAUUUGCACCGGCUGCUUUACCUCCGGACUUCUGCGCCUUUCUUCAAGACAUUUUCCAUGAUGGAGAUCAUCUCCCUGAGCUGGUCCAGCUGCGACUCGUCCACCUGUGCGGAGCGGUUAUCAGCGCCUCGAAGGAAAAUGCUCUCCUUCUCAUCACCCCCACGUCGGUGGAGGUCCUCAUGCUGGUCUUGCGGACUUGGUGCGCACGCAGGGAUGGGAGGAAUGUACGAAUAUUACAGCUAUCCUUGGCGUGCCUCAUAUCCAUGAUCCAUAUUCUGCAUGGGAGCAGUCCGAACCAGAGACAGGUGGAGAUCCGGCCCAUCCUGGACAGCUACUUCAAGGUUCUUAACUCAGACCGCCCAUUGUCUUCAACAGAGAGCUCGUCGGACUCACACUGGGAUGAAGGAUUGCUCACCUUGCGGAUCAGCAUGCUCAGGGCAAUUCCAGAAAUGUUAAACUGUGCUGAUAGACCCGUCUUACAAGCAAUAUUUCUGAGUAAUAACUGCUUUGAACACAUCAUCCGACUAAUUCAGAACAGUAAGCUUUACCUGAGCGCUAGUCACAGGAGUGUGGAGAGUGGAAGUGAUCUCACCACUCAGUUGCUCACCGAGAUCGAUAUCGGGAAGGUCCUUGACAGCGACUCGGAUUCCAUUACAGUAAACGCCAUCGGUGUUCUGACUUCCAUCAUGAGAAACUCGCCAUCUGCCAAGGAAGUGUUCAAAGAACGAAUCGGUUACCCUCAUCUUUUCGAAGUCCUGAAGAGCCGAUGCCAGCCUACGAAGAGACUUCUCCAAGAACUGCUGAACAUGGCUGUAGAAAGUGUUCACGACUUCAGUACAGAGCUUGCCAUCCAGAAUGAACAGCCCCUUCUAAUUCUGGUCCAGUGGAUCCCUGAGCUUGUUCCACGAGAUCUACAAAUACUGGUGUCUGAUUGGCUGAAAGUUACCUGUGACUCCUCCCUGAGGAACCGUAUGACAUGCGUGCAAGCCGGGAUGGCGAGCCACAUUCUGGCAGCGCUCCAGCAUGAGACCACGUUGGAUGAAAAGUGUGCGGAGAAUCUCAUCAGCCUCCUUCAAGUGCUGGGCCGCCUCUCCAGCCGACCCACCGAGCUCAAACAACUUAUUCGGCUCCUGAGGACUGAUGGCAAUUGCUGUCAUCCAUAUGCAGCCAAGGUCAUCCGAGCACUUUCUGCCAUGGCCAGGAAGGAUGGGCCGGAGCGAGCCCUGCAGUAUUUUGACCUGACACCCAGCAUGUCUGGGAUCAUGGUGCCCACCAUGCAGAAGUGGCCGGGGGCUGGCUUUGCCUUUCACGCCUGGGUCUGUCUGAAUGAAAACGUGAAGGAUGAGUUACUGAGUGGAAGGAAGCGCAAGCAGCUAUACAGUUUCUUUGCAGCUAGCGGCACGGGGUUUGAAGCUUUCUUCACAAUGGAUGGGAUGCUCGUGGUUGCAGUUUGCACCAAGAAAGAAUACAUGACGGUGGCUCUGCCGGAAUUACACUUUAACGAUGCCAUGUGGCACAGUGUGGACAUUGUGCAUGUGGCAGGGAGACGACCAUUUGGGCAGAAUAUGGUGAAUAUUUAUACCGAUGGUGAACUAAGGAAAGUGGCACAGCUUCGCUUCCCGUCUCUGAAUGAGUCCUUUACUUCAUGCUGCAUCGGAUCUGCCGGGCACCGAACAACCACCACGGUUUUCACCUCUCCAUCUCAUACUCCGGAUCUCACCUUCGCUUCGCACACUGCGCUCAGCCGCUCUCAGUCCUUCCCUGCAACGGCCAGCCGGCCCAGCUGGGGGAUGAUAGCAGGGCCCGGCCCUCGGGAGGGGCUGGUGUCUACCAUAGUGGCAGGGACUCAGGACACAGAGUGGGGGACUCCCACAUCAUUGGAAGGUCAUCUUGGCACAGUGGCCAUCUUUCACGACGCUCUGCAACCUGCACAAGUGAAGGCGCUUUACACUGCUGGCCCGAACUUAGUGUCUCCAUUCAAACUGGACGGCGAGUUGAACGACCUUAACAGCAAACUUCUCCUCUUCUACACUCCCCAGGCAUCUCAAAAUAACAUCUGUCUGGACCUUUCCCCGAGUCACUCGUUUGAUGGUCGACUGACUGGCCACCGUGUCAUUACUUGGGACGUGAAGGACGUUGUUAACUGUGUCGGAGGGAUGGGUACACUGCUCCCUCUGCUACACCAGGUGGCACAGCAGACCAAGGAAGCUCCGGGCACCCAGGAGACACAUGACUUAGUUGGUCCUGAGCUGACGUCCUCGCGGAAUGCGCAGGGAAUGCAAAUGCCUCUUGGGAAAUCUUCAGAGAGCAGAUUGGAGCGGAAUGGCGUGGCAGCUUUCCUUCUCAUGGUUAAAAACUUUAUUCACAAUCAUCCAGUCAAUCAGGAGAGCCUUCUGCAGUGUUAUGGCCCGGCCAUCAUCGGAUCCCUCCUCCAAAAAGUGAGCCUGGUGUCUCCGCUCACUCUGGAUAUGAACGUGCUGAUGGCCUCUCAGAUGUUAAUGGACCAAAUAUCUUCAGAAGGUCACAGCCUCCUUCUCCAUCACUUCUACCAGCACCUGCUCUUUGACUUCCGUAUCUGGAGCAGCAGUGACUUCGCAGUCAGAAUUGGUCAUAUUCAGUACUUAUUAUCCAUCAUGAAAGAUUACAAGCAGAGGAUUCGGAAGAAAUAUGGCGUGCAGUACAUCUUGGACUCCAUCAGGAGGCAUUGUGGGGCACUAAAAGAAGAGCAGAUCACUGCAGACAACAUGAAAACCAUCCAGAUGAUGCUGUUUAAUAUCAUUAAGGAUUUCCUUUCCAAAAACCUGUGUGCCGAGGACCUGCACAGCGUGCUGAGCUACGUGGGAUCUGUGAAUGACGAGGAACAGGUAUGUGGUAUACUUGAGGUGCUCCACGGCCUAUUGAAGAGCCACCCCAACCACGAGCUGCUCUACCCCACACUCAUGGAGCAGGGGAACGUGGAAAUCUUCUUCUCACUGCUGGUUCAGAAGAAAUACUCCGAUCAAAUUAGAGAGAAAGUGUUCAAAAUCCUGUAUAAGUUAGUGAAGUAUGAGAAGGUCAGUGAUCGGUUCAAACAUCGGCUGAAGCUGAAGGACAUUGGUUACCAGGGACUGAUCACGUUCCUGAAUGAGGUGCCGGUCACCAUGUUGCUGAUUCGCUGUUUGUCUGAGCAAGUCCUUGGAUCAGAUCUGUCCCCCAAUUACAAAGACCUUCUUGCUGUUGUCCAUCUGUCACACAGGGCGGAUCUACCAGUGAAGCUGGAUGUCUGCAGAAAGCUUUUUCACUUGAUCUACUCACAACAAGACAUUGUAAGACACCUGGCAAAGCAAACUGGCUGGCAGGACAUAUUAACUAAACUCUAUAUUAAAGAGUCCUAUGAGUCUAGGCCGAGGAGUCUAAGCAGUCCUGUUUAUAGCAGUAACAUAAUGCGACUAAAGAGCAUGGGAAGCAGUAAAGAAGAGGACUCUGGACCUUACAGGGAAGCUUUAUAUGGACACCGCGGAACAUUGGAAAAUCCUGAUGUAGACCCUGUAUUUCCCACAAGCUUUGAGGCUUCUGACCAAGACUUCUCUGAAGGCUUCUCUGACCACUCAAUGUCUCCAACUGCCAAAGAGAAGUCAUUAUUAGCCUAUAAUUUUAAGUCCUUUGACUCCUCAGAUCAAGCUAGCCACUCUUCCUCAAAUAUUAUUGAUAUUCCUGGUUCUGAGGAGGCGAGCUGUGGUGAUGGGGUAUAUCAACCACUGUCUCCCUUCUCUGUGUCCCCAUUUGACCUUCGCUUGGAUCUAGGUAGUUCCAGCUCUGCAGCUACGAUGGAAAGUGGUAAUCAGACUCCAAUCAGCCAGCCAGGUACACCUUCACCUCUGGAGACCUUCAAACCCUUUCCAGGCAUGAGAGUCCGGAAGAGUUCCAGUCUGUCCAAUGUUUUGGAUGAAAAUAGCUACCAAGAAACCUUGCCUAGCGACACUAUAUCCAACACCAGCAACCCUCUGCAAACACCGGAGGAGGAGCUGUGUAAUCUGCUCACUAACAUCAUCUUUUCAGUGACCUGGAGAGGGGUUGAAGGACAGGAUGAUGGGGCAUGGAAGGAACGAGGUCAGGUUUUCUCUGUGUUGACCAAGCUUGGCUCAGCUUGUGAACUUGUGAGACCUCCCGAUGAAAUCAAAAGGAGCCUCCUGGAGAUGAUGUUGGAAUCUGCGUUUACAGAUAUUAAGGAAUCCACAUCCUCCGGUCUGCCCAGCCUCACUCAGCACGUUCUGAAACUACUCCGGCUCCUGCAAGAUUUCCUGUUCUCUGAAGGAGACCGGAACGAGGUCUUAUGGAGCGAGAAGAUUUUUGAAGGUGUCAGUAACUUAUUGGACAAGCUGAACGUAUGGUAUAAUUUGGUCAAUGGUACAUCCGACCUGAAGGAAAUGGCACAAAUAGGCUUACGGAUCAUCAUGGGAUUUAUCAAGCUAGAGGACAGACAUAUGCAUUCUUCAGCUUACGUGAAGCUCCACAGCCUCCUGCAGACAGUUACUACCCUGAAGAAGGAGGAGGCAUGCUUCCUGCUUGGCAAGCUGGAGGCUCCUCUGAUGAGCUCUCUCUUUGCCAAGACGGAGACAUUCUCCUGGCUCGUACCCAUUAUGCGCACUUUGAUGGACCACUGCUUCGAAUCUCUGGAGUUACAGCGGCACUUGCCUUCUCUCCCACCCACCAACGGCAGUCCCACCUUCUAUGAGGACUUCCAGAAGUUUUGCAAUACCCAUGAGUGGAGAUCGUUCAUAGAUAAUCAGGUUGUGCCCACUAUGGAGUUAUUUGAAAAGGAAAUAUUUGGUAAGAGUCACAAUCAGAUGUCAUCGUUCUGGAAUUCCUGCUACGAUGCCUUAAUGAGCAGCUCGCUGCGGAGAGAGACGGAGAAAGGCGAGAGCCGCAUCAAGUUUCAGGAACUGGUUGUGGAGCCUGUGCUGAAGAGGAUUCGGAAUGAGAAUCUGCGGUACAACAGUGUUUUAAAGCAGAUCAGUAGCCAUCAUAAUGCAGUCCUCAGGCAGUGGAGGUCUCUGCAGUGGCUGCUGUCCUGUCCGCGUGGAGCCUGGGCAGACCGGAAUCCUGCAGAGGUGAAGUGGAAACUGUCCAGCGCAGAGACUUACUCCAGAAUGCGGCUAAAGCUUGUUCCUAAUUAUGCCUUCGAUCUCCAUGCUGAAGCCAGUGCUCUCCGGGACAAUCUUGGUAUUAACCAAACUCAGAGUCUUGCCGACUCUUUCCCUCUUGCUGUGGCAAAAGAAGCCAAGGUGAAUGAACUGGAAGAUGACCAGCUAGGAGACGAAGAUUUAAUGUUCCUGGAGAACUUGGACCAUGUUGACUUGAAGGAGCAGAACCAGAGGGAGAAGUUGGUAUUCUCCGAGGACUGUGAGCUCAUCACCAAUGUGGCCGUGAUCCCUGGUCGGCUGGAGGUCACUACACAGCACGUCUACUUCUAUGACCUGACCAGCGAGAAGGAUCAAACGGAUGAAGGAAUCGGCUAUGACUUUAAACGGCCGCUGUCUCAUCUGCGGGAAGUCCAUUUGCGGCGAUAUAACCUCCGCAGGUCGGCGUUGGAAUUUUUCUUCAUUGAUCAGUCCAAUUACUUUGUCAAUUUCAAGAAAAAGGUCCGUAAUAAAGUGUAUUCUCAAAUCCUCGGUCUCCAUGGACCCAACCAGUUUGUGCACGGGAGCCGGUCCCCUCAGGAGCUCCUGCAAGUCUCGGGGUUUACUCAGAAAUGGAUUUUUAGGGAAAUUUCCAACUUUGAAUACCUCAUGCAGCUCAACACUAUUGCUGGCCGAACGUACAAUGACCUCUCCCAAUAUCCAGUGUUUCCAUGGAUUUUACGGGACUACGUUUCUGAAACCCUUGAUUUAAACAACCCUGAGGUUUUCCGGGAUCUAUCCAAGCCCAUCGGCGUGGUAAACGAGAGACAUGCACGGGAAGUCAAGGAAAAGUAUGAGAGCUUCGAGGAUCCGACUGGGACUGUGGACAAGUUUCAUUACGGGACUCACUAUUCAAACGCUGCUGGCGUCAUGCACUACAUGAUCCGCGUGGAACCUUUCACUACUCUGCACAUUCAGCUGCAGAGCGGCAGAUUCGACUGCUCAGAUCGGCAGUUCCACUCAAUACCAGCAGCAUGGCAGGCCCGUAUGGAGAACCCUGUGGACGUAAAAGAGUUAAUUCCAGAAUUCUUUUAUUUCCCAGAAUUCUUGGAGAAUGCAAACGGUUUUGAUUUUGGUUGUCUCCAGUUGUCCAACGGGAAGGUAGAUAAUGUGGUUUUGCCAAGAUGGGCCUCAUCAAGAGAAGAUUUUAUCUACAAACACAGGAAGGCUCUGGAAUCGGAGUAUGUGUCGGCCCACCUCCAUGAGUGGAUAGAUCUAAUAUUUGGGUGUAAGCAGAGGGGAGACGCUGCUGUGGAAGCUCUCAAUGUGUUUUAUUACUGCACCUAUGAAGGUGUGGUCGAUCUAGACGCCAUCGCAGAUGAUACAGAGAGGAAGGCUCUGGAGGGAAUAAUCAGUAAUUUUGGGCAGACUCCGUGCCAGCUUCUCAAGGAAGCCCAUCCACCUCGACUGACGGCUGAUCAUGCUGCGAGGAGGCUGUCCCGGCUGGACACUUACUCUCCUAACGUGUUUGAGAAUCUCUCGCAGCUGAAAUCAUUCUUUGCGGAGGGAAUGAUGGAAGGGGUUCCUCUAGUUCUCUGUGUGGUCCCGAAAAACCAAGCCCAUUCCUUUAUAACCCAGGGCUCUCCAGACCUAUUGGUCACCGUAAGUGCAAAUGGCCUCCUAGGUACUCAUGGCUGGCUGUCCUAUGAUAAGAACAUUUCCAACUACUUCAGCUUCACCAAAGAUCCCACAUUCUCCAACGCCAAGACCCAGCGCCUUGUGUCGGGACCUUUCGCCCUGGGCACAGAGCUCUCCUCGAAGACCCUGGUGGUGUCUCAUGAUGCGAAGUUACUGUUCAGUGGUGGGCAUUGGGACAACAGCCUUCGGGUGACUAGUCUCAGCAAAGGAAAGGUCAUAGGUCACAUCACCCGGCACAUUGAUGUGGUGACAUGUUUGGCGUUGGACGUUUGCGGCAUAUACCUCAUAUCUGGAUCCCGCGAUACCACCUGUAUCGUUUGGCAAGUUCUGCAACAAGGAGGACUUUCUUGGAAUUUAUCACAAAAACCAGUGCAGGUCCUUUACGGCCACGAUGAUGAGGUUACUAGUGUGGCUAUAAGCACAGAGUUGGACAUGGCAGUUUCUGGUUCCAAGGACGGUACGAUCAUUGUGCACACCAUUCGGCGGGGGCAGUUUAUGAGAUGUAUUAAGCCCCCCUGUGAAAGCUCGCUGCCGCUGACUGUGUCUCACCUUGUAGUGGGCUUGGAAGGACAAAUCAUAUUUCAUAGCAUAAUCGAAGGACGGACCUCUCUCAAGGAUAAAUUUGCUCUACAUUUAUACUCUGUAAACGGCAAACACUUAUCCUCCGUUCCCCUGGAUGAGCAGGUGACGGCAAUGUGCGUGACGGAGAAUUUUGUGGUUCUUGGUACAAUGCAGUGUUCUCUCCAGAUCCGGGAUCUUCGGAGUUUGACUCUUGCUGUCUCGCCGUUGCCCAUGAAAGUCCCUGUGCAUUGUGUGUCCGUGACCAAGGAGAGCAGCCAUAUCCUGGUGGGGUUAGAAGAUGGGAAGCUUAUUGUGGUGGGAGCUGGACAACCUCUAGAGGUGAAGACUGGUCAGUUCAAGCGUAAGCUCUGGGGUUCAACUCGUCGGAUAUCACAGGUGUCUUCUGGGGAAACCGAAUAUAAACCAUCGGAGGCCAAGUGACAGUUACCAUUUCAGUUGGAUUGUGGAGAACCUCAAGGGGCAAAUAAGUGACUCUUCUUUUAAACCGCUAGCCACGAAAAAAGAGCUGCCACUUACACUGUUCCUAUUGAAAAGGAGUAGUCGUGGUAGCCACUUGCAACAACAGGAAUAUAUCAUCCUGUAGAUGGUCAAUAGGCCCGAAUCUUUCUGCACGCCUUUAAUGGGGAUUGCCCAACAGAACAGAACAGACCGGACAACGAAUAAACCUUGACCAGGAGUUCUGAUUGUUCUGUCGGUCAGCGGACAUAUUUUGGGGGGUUUGCCUUAACAAAGAAGAGACCUUCUUUUCUGCACUUUGUACAAAGAACAUGACGGAACGUGAAAGAGAAUUAAGUUGUUACAUAUUCACAAUGUUUAUAUCGAAGGCUAUGCCACAGGUUUUUUUUUUUAAUCCAAUCUUUGUCCUGUUUGGUUAGGAGAGAUGCUCACCUGUUUUCUUCCAGAAGUACUGGUGACGGGGUGAGGAAUUUAUGGUUUGCUGCUGAGGACGUUUGGGCUGCGCACUUUGGCUUGCCUUAGCAGAAUGUGGAGCUUUGUGCUGCCAUCCUUAAACAAUUUAUAGCAUUUUUAUCUUCAUUUUGUUUUUAAGAUUAACGUUGUGGCUGAGCACUGUACAAUAUUUUUACUGGAUUUGUGUUUUUUUACUGAGAAAUAGGAAAUGAUCAAGAAAUGGCGACCAUUUUCUAUGCGUUACUUGCACUUCAAUUCUUAGAGCCUCCAAAAUGUGAUUUACUUCCUUGGUUGGGCAGUGCUGGACACUGAGACAAUGCUGGCUGAGGAUCACAAGAGUUGUAUCUGGGUGUGGAUAACACCAGCCCUUUAUUGAGGCUGCCUUGUGCACAGUUUAUCCUAAUACUACCAUGUUACAAAAACGAAGACUGGCAUUCUUACAGUCCUACUUGUUACAGUGUCUGUCGGCAGCCAAAAUGGAUCAGAAAGGGAAUAUUUAUAUCUGUGGAAUGGAACAGAAGACUUCUAUUGAUAUUGAGACUCUUCAUUUAGGGAGUGGGGAUAUGGACUUUUGAGAUUAUUAUUUUUGGGGUUUUUUUACGUGAACUUUAAUUUUAGAUUCUGAGCCUUACCAAAAAUCUAUUUGCUUUAAUAGAAUGCAUGGUUAGACAAAGUGAGGUACCACGACUGCAAACCCCAAAUGUGUUUUUUUGUUUUUUUUUCUUUGCACUUCAUUAACACUGGAUCAAAGGCCAUGCUAUGUGAAUACUUUGGUAACAUGUAUACACAUACACUAAGUCAAAUGUGCAUAUCUAGAGAAAUAAAUGGUGGCAGCAAUAUAUUCGAAUAAGCCCUGAUUUAGUCUUAAUGACCAUAGACCCCUUACGAUGGUGACUUCAGAUUUCUUCCGGUUGUUUGAUGUUAAAUAGUUAUUUCAUUAAUUUAUUUCUGCCUCUCACCACAACUGAAUAUACAAUGACCAAGUUUCCAAGCACACCUUAUCUUCGUCUUUACCAGCUGGCCUCUCUAUAGAAUGAAAUACCCCACUCACUUAGCGUCAGUCUGGCUCUAUAGAAUGAAAUACCCUACUCAUU